AUGAGCCAAAUCAAAUAAAACUUAAGAAAAAGGUAAACUAAUCAAAAAUUUGGAUUAGACCUUGAUAAUUAAAUAUUUAGAAGUCAAAAUAACGUAUCCUAGAGAACUAGAAGAUAGGUAGUCAUUUUAAAAUAAGAAAUUAAAAAAAAGAAUAAUCUCUUAGAAAAAGUAACAGAGAUUCAGAAGAAUGAUAAAGAGGUCAAAUAAGUGGUUAAAGGAAAAACUAAAAAAGCAUUAAAAUCCUGUUUAUAACAUGAAUUUACAAAAGAUGAACUUUUUCUUAAUCAUAUUAGUAUUGAUAAUUAAAAGAUGGACAAUUUUGAGAAUAAGAAAAUAUUUUAAAAUAUAUAAAGUUAAACUGGAUCAUAAAAAAAUGAAGAGUCAAAAGAACAAUAUUAGAAUGCAGAACAAUAGAAUUUUAUACUUAAUUUGAUUGCAUUAUAAGCUAGAUCAGAAUUAAGAUUUGAAUUAGAUUGGAAGAAUCAUGAUAUAUGGAAUUAAGAGAUAUCAUAAAAGAACAAUACUCUCUUUAAAAUUUAAUCUGAUGAAUCUUGUGAUUUGGAUUCAGUUAUUUGUUAUAGUUUCUUCUCUAAUGAUUAUGAAAAACUUGAAAAUUGUUAAAUAAAAAAAAAGAAUUCUAAAGAUAUCUAAAGAAUAAAUUCAAAAAUAGAAAAAUUAGAGGAAUAAUAUUCAUAAGAUUUGAAUCAAGUUAAAAUUGAAGAGAAUAAUCACAUUAAUAAAGAUUAUAAUAAAAAGAGUUAAUCAAAUUAAUUAAAAGUAAGUACUAUAAGAAUUUAAUAGACACUAAAAGCCGAGGAUUAAUAAAGUAGUAUUAAAUAAAAUGAUGAGUCUGAUGAAAUUAAUAAAUUUUAUUAUUUUCUUAAUUAAGCUACAUAUGAAAAUCCAAGUAGAACAUCAUGUAAAGAAAUUCAUAAAUUAAUAAGAUAACGACAUGAUAAAGUAUUUUAAUAGAUAUUAUUAUUUAAGUAUUGUGUGGAUGUGUUUAUGAUUGAUGUUAUAUGGUCUGAAUUACAAUAAUCAAAAGAAUUAAAAGUUAUAAGUUUUCAAUAGUUUCUUAAAUGCAUUUAGGACAUGCAUGAAUAAGAUUUGUUAUGGCUUGAUCAAUAAGGCAGAAAAGUGUAUUUGAUUUGA